AUGGUACUGUUGUGCCUGUGGCUGCUGAGCGGCCGCGCGUCUGGCCCGCCCGCCGCGCCGCUGUCGGAGUUGCGCGCCCAGCUCUCGGGCGUGGAGCAGCUGCUGGACGACUUCCGGCGGCAGCUGCAGCACGAUCGGCCUCGCGACGACCUGGAGCUGGAACUGCUCGCCGGCGCCAGCGGUCCUCGGCAGAGCUGCCCCGGCUCGCGGAACGGCGACGGCUACCACGCCGUGCCCGACGCCAUCAUCCGCACCAAGGACUCCAUCGCGGCGGGCGCCAGCUUCCUGAGGGCGCCGGCGGCCGUGCGCGAUUGGCGGCAGUGCGUGGCGGUGUGCUGCUCCGAACCGCGCUGCUCCCUGGCCGUGGUGGAGCAGCUGCCGCCCCGGAAGCCCGCCGCCGCCGCGCUCGGAUGCUACCUCUUCAACUGCACGGCGCGCGGCCGCAGCGUCUGCAAGUUCGCGCCGCACCGCGGUUACAGCACCUACGUGCUCAGCCGCGCUCCCGGGGCCGGAGACCCGCUCGUCCCCGCUCCGGUCCCGGCCACCGCCUGGGCCUCGCCCCGACUGGACAAGGAUGAACCUCCACGUAGCAAGGCUGGGAAGGAUGUGGUUUUGCGUCUUCCUGUAGACCAAGUGAUUUUGGAUGGCCGUGAGAGCACAGAUGACCACGCUAUUGUCCAGUAUGAGUGGACACUGCUGCAGGGUGACCCAUCAGUGGACAUGAAGGUGCCUCAGCCAGGAGCCCUGAAGCUGUCCCACCUGCAGGAAGGGACAUACACCUUGCAGCUGACCGUGACUGACACUGGGGGUCAGAGAAGCUCCGACAACGUGUCGGUGACAGUGCAUCCCAGGACCCCCUCCACGGGAGGGUGCUCAAAUGUCUGCUCACGCUACCAUUUCUUCUGUGACAACGGCUGCUGCAUUGACAUCACCCUGGCUUGUGAUGGAGUGCGGCAGUGUCCUGAUGGGUCUGACGAAGACUUCUGUCAACACUUGGGCCUUGACCGCAAGAUGGUGAUCCACAAGGAGGCUAGUUCUGCUCAGCCAGGAACUACGGGGCUGAGUGAAGAUGCUGGGGGUCCCUGGUUGGAAAAGCCCCAGAGAGCCACUGCCCCGAGCCAUCCAGCUUCCUUAGCACGCCCCGAGAAGAGGAAUCACUCCACCCAAGGGGUCGCAGAGCCUCAGCGCAUUCCUAUCAUCCCAGUUGGUUCUUCCUCAGGGAAGAAGAGAAAGGAGAAGACUUUCAUUUUUGAGUCCCAGAGUGACCCAGGAAGAAGGGAGCACCCAGCUCCAGAAGCAGGCGCCGUGCUGCCCCUGGCCCUGGGCUCGGCCAUCACCGCGCUGCUGCUCUUCCUGGUGGCGUGCCGCCUCCGCAUGGUGAAGCAGAAGCUCAGGAAAGCCCGGCCCAUGACGUCCGAGGAGUCCGACUACCUCAUCAACGGGAUGUACCUGUAGUCAGCGGAAGCGAAGGAGUCGGGAAAGAUGGGCUUCGCGUCGCUUAUUCUGAUGUUAGGGUUUACAACCUUUUUAUUUCCAAAUGGGCUAGAAGGUACUGCAAAUCACAAAUCUUAUUUUAUUAUAGAGUUGUUUUCCUUAGGAAGUGAAAUGUUUUAAAGUGUAGAGGAGGGCUGGAGAGAUGGCUUAGCGGUUUAAGGCACUUGCCUGCAAAGUUGAUUCCCUAGGACCCAUGUCAUCCAGGUGCACAAGGUCUGGAGUUCCUCUACAGUGGCUGGAGGCCCUAGUGUGCCCAUUCUCUAUCUGCCUUCCCCCCCCCUCGCAUAAAUAAAAAUAUUUAAAAAAAAUAAAGCGUAGAAGAAUUCACAUGAUUAUAGACUUGUGCUAUUUACUCAGCUGUCCCUAGAAACAGGAAUUUGUAGUUUGCUGAGGCAUAAAAGUGAACGUGCCAUGAGAUGAGCUCUGAAUGCCAGUGCCGGCCUUUCAUUUUGAAGCAGCCAGCUGCUGGUCCUGGCAACGAUGGGCAGCUGGUGAGGCAGCCUCGCCUUGUUCGGUGGCUCUGUUCUCCAUAAGCUCCAGGGCUCUCCUCUCUUUCCUGCCAAAUGUUUCUGAAAGUGGAUCCUAAGAGAAUAUGUAUUUUAAUGAGACUUUCUGUAUGGAGGUAGG